UACACGAGACAACAUACACACACACACACACACACGUAGCAUAUACACGUACACACAUUACUCCACUUCUUCCCUCUCCUCUUCCUCUCCACCAAUCUAUCUCUCUCUCCUUCCACCAGCCUCGUCUCAAUAUCGGCUCACGUCCGUUUUCGCUCGCCGGCUGGGAGGAAAAGAGAAAAAGAGUGAGAGUGAGAGAGAGAGAGAGAGAGAGAGAGAGACUGCAUAAAAAAGGGGAAGACAGAAAGAGAGAGAGAGAGAGAGAGAGAGAGAGAGAGGGUGAGAGAGUGAGUGAGUGUGUUGUGUGUAAGAAAGAUAGAGAGAGAGAGAGAGAGAGAGAGAGAAAAUGUGAUAGAGGGGGUGGAGGUUUUUUGCCGGUCGGUUGGAGAAAGAAAGAGAAAGAGUGAGAGAGAGAGCGAGAGAGAGAGAGAGAGAGAGAGAGAGAAAGAGAAAGAAAGAAAGAGAUAAUUCUAUGAGAUCGUGAGAGAACGAAAAGAGAGAGAGGGAGAUAGAGUUAGAGAUAAAACUGAUCGACGACGAGAGAAUAUAAGAAAAGAAGAAGAGCCGAUAGCAAAUGUGGUGAGAAGGAAGAAGUGUGCUUCUGUGUAUGGUGCAGUGCGGGGUGUCGUGCUUCUUUUUCUUCUUCUUCUUCAUCUUCUUCUUUUUCUUCUUUCAUUGGAAAGAGAGAGAGAAAGAAAGAAAGAGAACGUCGCCGUCGUAUAAAAGAUAAGAGAAGAGAAAAGGAGAAAGGAAGAUAGAGGAUGGCGUGGUCGGAUUUAACAUGUGUUUAUUCGCCGUGACGUGAAAGGCACGUUUACGACAUUAAGAAGAAAAUAAGAAGAAGAAGAAGACCAAAUUUCCUAAACCCGAGUGGAUUUCUUGGGACAAAUCUGAAGAAAAUCGAGUAAACCUUGGUAUCCAGGAAUCAAGAGAACGUGUCAUACACGUUGAAUAAAAUCCAAGAGCAAGAAAAGAAAAAAAGAAACGAAUAAAAAUAAGACAUAAGAUAUAAACGACAUUGUGGUUAUUGUGUCGAGGACAUUAGAAAGGUACCACCAAACAGAUCAAUGGAUGAGAAGGAUUCCGCCUGUGCCUUUGGAUUAUAUUGAAAAAAUAUGAGACACUGAUCAGACCUUUUAAGAUUUUCUUAACCUCAUCCAAUUCAGGAAUGAUUCUUAUAUACGUAUAUAUAUCUAGAUUAGAAAAGUGACGAUGUCUUGUCUAACGUUAUCCGGUAAUCGGAAAAUACCCCCGACAGGUUCCUUAGGAGUGCUAUUAACGUUAUCGAAGAAGGGUGAUAUAAGAAAGAAGAAGUGGAUCCUUACGGAUCCAAAACUCAGCGGCAAACCGUCGGCACUGAAACCGUCCGGCAUUCUAAAUUAAGGAAUGGAGGGAACGUGGCAGUGGGAGCAGCGAAAGCACUGCCAUAUCAUACUGCUUAAUCCUUCGUCGUACGUAAAGAAAAACCCGAGACAAGUUGCAGAUAAACGAGAACGACUGCAGAACAGUCCUGGCAAGGAAGAAGACAGUAGACCUAAGAGGUGGAACAAAGAAGGACAGGAACUGUAGCGUUGGAAGAUUGGAAGGAGCUUCCUUUUUUUUUGUUUUUCGGCAUCGUCCUUUGGAAGGAGAAAGAGAAAGAGAGAGAGAGAGAGAGAUAGAGAGAGGGAGAAAUAGAGAGAGAGAGAAAGAGAAAAAGAGAGAGAGAGAGAGAAAAAGAAAAAGAGAGAAAGGAAAGAGAAAAAGAGGCUCGCAAUGGGCCCAAAAGAGCAAAACGUGACUCACUGAGCAAUGCAAGUAGUUAGGGCUGGGGCCCUGCUAGUGAGCAUGUGGCUCACUAGAGAAUGAAGAAACAAAACGUCCGGACCCUAUCGUUGAUCGUCUCUACAUUCACCUACCUCCUCGUCGGCGCUGCGAUCUUCGACGUUCUCGAGUCCGAGACGGAGAAACGACGCAAGGAAGCACUGGAUGCCGUUGAGAAAAUGGUCAUUCGCAAGUACAAUAUCAGCGAGGACGAUUUUAAAAUCAUGGAAACCGUGGUUCUGAAAACGGAGCCGCACAAGGCAGGCCAACAAUGGAAGUUUGCUGGUGCUUUCUACUAUGCAACCACGGUUCUCACCACAAUCGGUUACGGACACUCAACGCCAAAUACCAUAAGCGGUAAACUUUUCACGAUGUUCUAUGGAAUCGUUGGAAUCCCUUUAGGGCUCGUGAUGUUCCAGAGUAUAGGUGAACGCCUUAACAAGUUCUCAUCCGUUGUAAUACGGAAUGUGAAGAGUCUUCUCAAUUGUAAGGAUGUCCAGGCUUCAGAGAUAAAUUUAAUCUGCGUUGUUACGACUUUGUCGUGUCUGACCAUUGCUGGUGGUGCAGCAGCUUUCUCCAGAUACGAAGGGUGGUCUUAUUUCGAUUCCAUUUAUUAUUGCUUCAUCACUCUGACGACCAUAGGUUUUGGUGAUAUGGUAGCUCUUCAAAAGGACAAUGCUUUGGACAAUAAGCCAGAGUACGUAAUGUUUGCCUUGAUAUUCAUCCUAUUUGGAUUGGCCAUUGUUGCGGCCUCCCUUAAUUUAUUGGUCUUGAGAUUCGUCACGAUGAAUACCGAGGACGAAAGACGAGACGAGGCCGAAGCAUUGCAGGCAGUACAGGAAGCAGUACGUUUGGAUGGUGAUGUGAUAACAGCAAACGGCUCGAUAUUGUCGGAGCGAGUCGGUAAUCACGGUGAAACGGUUUCGUUGGACGACGAGGCAUCAGUAUGUAGCUGUCGCUGUAGCGGCUUUCAAAAGAAACGCCGGAGACCACGUUUUACGGUUCGUCGCUCACCCGGCAAGAUUUCUCAUCUAUUACCGAUGCAGCAAUUUUCACAACCGAAUCAACGAGCCGAAUUGAGACCACCCCAGUUGGCGUCAUUGUUACAAUUACAAAUCUUGCAUCAACAUCGUGCCAGUAUCUGACAACGUUCUCGUGCUUCUUCGUUAAAUUCCAUAGAACGUAAGCCAAGACGAGAGUCCGUCUGAUCGUACAUCAUAGAAUAGCGAAAAAUUUCGAUGUUCGAUCAAGGACCAAGUCGACGGCCAAAUUAAGUCGUGUUCAACAACGUGUCUCGUCUUGUUGUCAAUAAUUUCGAUGUAAUUUUUAAUAGACGGCACUGAUAUCAACAGUUUAACUUUCUUCGUGGAUAAAAAAAAAAAAAAAAGAAAAGAAAAGAAAAGACAAAAACCAAACAAAAAAGAAACAAACUAUUCUGUCUACUGUGCACCAACAAGCACCUCGUUCGAACGUCAAAAAAACAACGUCGGUGGAGUAUGAAACCAAUUGCGUACAGCAUGGCUCUUCCUUUCAUUUUAUACUCGGACGAACAUUAUUAUAUACGUUAAUUCAUUGAUUUCAUUUUACAUCCGAUAAAAUUAAUUCGUAUCUCUUAUCUUAAAUUAUUAUACACGUACUUAUCUGUGUCCCUGAGUUAUCACAGUAAAAAUAUACCUAUACGUUUUAUUUGUUAGAUUGACAAUCGCCGUACAAAAUAAUUGUAAUGGAGUGAAGUAUAGAAAAAAAGAUAGAUAAAGAGAGAGAGAGAGAGAGAGAGAGAGAGAGAGAGAGAGAGAGAGAGAGAGAGAAAGAAAGAAAUAGAGAUUCAUUUGUCCGAGUUCCACUGAUCGUCGUGUAAGCCCAGACGUGUUAUAUGUAAUACAUGAUAGAUAGACGUUCCACGUGCGGAGCAAUUUUCUUGCCUUUCAUCGAGAAGUAAUAUCUAUUUGAAUAUUUUUUAAUGUCAAAGAAUAUAUCUUUAGUAUUUCAAAUUUCGACAUGGUAUAUGUAUGUACACGAGGUAUAAGUAGUAUCAAUGUUGAAGAGUGGUUAGUAGCGAGCCAGCCGAACGUUUCCACGCGUGUAUCAUGGCGACGAAAUUUAAAAGUUAGAAGAAAAAGAAAAGAAAGAGGAGAGAAAGAGAAAGAGAGAGAGAGAGAAGUGAGAGAGAGAGAGAGAGAGAAGAAAAGAAAAGAAAAGACAAAACCAAAGAAAAACAAAAAAAGCUUUAAUGAAGACGACCAACCUCCCCAAUAAACAAACAAAUAAACAAAUAACAAUCUCGGAUCGUUCGACGACUCGUUACAAUAACAAAAAAAAAAAAAGAAAGAAAAAAAUGAAAAAAAAAAAAAAUAAAAAAAUAAUUAUUGAUAACGGUCUCCAGUAUGUUUCUAAUGAGAGCUCGUCAUAUUUGUAUAUGACGUGCAUCGUGCACCGAUUCGUGAUCGAUGAUAAAAUUCGAUGAGAAGCCAAACGAUUCGAUGCACCGAAUUGAUUGUUACUUCGUUCGAUCACAAAUUAAUAAUAAUAAUAUUAAUAAUAAUAAUAAUAAUAAUAAUAAUAAUAAUAAUAAUAAUAAUAAUAAUAAUAAUAUUAAUAAUAAUAAAACGAAAGGGUGAAAAGAGAUCAGCUAUUACACUUCAUACGUCUCUGUUAUUAUCGACUACAAAGUAAAAACCCAAAAAAAAAAAAAUGAAAUAAAUAGAAAACUUAAAAAUCAAGAGAAUGACGUAUGAAUUCGAGAUUUGUAAUAUAUUAGGAUUAUAGUUAUACAUAUAUGAAACACAACGAUCUUACAAGAUCGGGAGUCAUUUUUAUGAAUACGAGAAGUACGAUAUAUACACAUGAGACUUAGUAGAAACUAAAAGAAAGAUGUAGAAAGAGAGAGAGAGAGAGAGAGAGAGAGAGAGAGAGAGAGAAAAUAAAUGAAUAAAAGAAAAAAGGGGGAGAGAGAGAUAGAACGAAUUUGAGAAGCGUCUAACCAAUUCCAUUUCUAAUUUAGCACAUCCAUUUUAAUUCUGAGCUCAUCAUUUGAGGCAUCACAUUUUUUCUUCCUUUAUGAACAAAAUAAAUAUCUUAAAAUUUUUGAAAUAAUUGUUACGUAGAAAGAAACCUUAAGCCCCGAUCCGUUACGACGUUAAAUGCCCGCCAAUCUUUUUGACAAAUAAUAUUUGUAUACAUUUCUCCGCUUGUUAUAAUCGUAGAGUAGAUAUUAUUUGAUCGGUGAAAAAAAGAUAAAAAGAAAGAGAUAGAAAUAGAGAGAGAGAGAGAGAGAGAAAGAGAGAGGAGGGGAGAGAGGGGGAGAGAGAGUGAGAAAAAUACACUCCCAACUGUUCAUAACUUAAAAAUAAAAAUCGAAUUAAAUUAAUGGCACGUGAAUAUUAAAUGGCGUCUUUAAAUCGAUAAGAUUUUGUAAUAAAUCAACCGAAAAUAUUCGUAUUCGCUUUUUUUUUCCUUUUUUUUCUUUUUUUUCUUAUUUUCUUUUUUUUUUUAAUUCUUUGUAGACGGAGAUAUCACGGAAAUGUCAAGGUUCGUAAUAGAAUAUUCCGUGAAUAAUCUCUUAUCGUAGGACGAUAUUUUGCCGAGAAAAUCCAGCGAUCUUGCAUAAUUCAUUUUUUUUAAACGUAGCUAAAUGAUAAUACGAUGCCAGGUGCAAAAAAAAGGAAGAAGAAAAUAAUAAUAAUUAUAAUAAUAAUAUUAAUAAUAAUAAUAAUAAUAAUAAUAAUAAUAAUAAUAAUAAUAAUAAUAAUAAUAAUAGAACGACCAUCGAAAAUUGUCUACCCCUGGAAUCCGUUUUCCCGGAAAUAUCUCUCUAUUAUUGGUAGCACCAAAUGCCUUCUUUUUAAAAACCAUUUAAGAUGAAUAUUAAUCGAUCGAUAAUGCACAAUAUUUUAAAAUAAGAUUCUGAAAUGCGUUUUAAAAUCCGAAUCCAGAAUAACAAUGAAAAAGAAAAAGAAGAAGAAGAAAAAAAAAGAAACAGAGAAAGAGAGAAAGAAAGAAAGAAAGGAAGGAAGGAAGGAAGAGCGAUUAACACACAGAAAAAUCGUUAUUUAACGCUAAUUAAGUCAAAACCUUAUCUCUUCGCUUAAUGUUUAAAUAGAAAGGCCGCGUAAUCGGCUUUAUACACAUAACGAAUUUCUUUAGAAACAAAAAUCUCGUUCAAUUUGUAAAUGAUGUGCCUGCUUAAAGUGUCAAAAGAGGAAGAAGAAGAAGAAGAAGAAGAAAAAAAGAAAAAAGAGAAAAAGAAAAAGAAACCAAUGAACGAUUAUUAAAUUGCUCCGAAAUGAUUAUAUUAUUAUUAGUACGGGCAAGUACAAAAAAGGACCCGUAGAUAGUAAGAAGGAGAAAAAUAAGAAGA